CCGCCUCUUCUCCACUUCCCGCAGGGACAUAUAACCCGUGCCUCAUCUGCAAGCCUGUGGUGGACACAGGCAGUGCUAGCUCGCUCGCUCGAUCGUCCUCUCCGCCCUGUAGCAGCCAGCCACCAUGGCCUCCACCGCGCUCUCCACCGCCUCCAACCCCACCCAGCUCUGCCGAACCCGUGCGAGCUCGCUAUGCAAGCCCGUCAAGGGCCUGGGCUUCGGCCGGGAGCGCAUCCCGAGGAACAUCACAUGCAUGGCCGGCAGCAUCUCCGCGGACCGCGUCCCGGACAUGAGCAAGAGGGAGCUGAUGAACCUCCUGCUGCUGGGCGCCAUCUCGCUCCCCACCUUCGGCAUGCUCGUCCCCUACGGCUCCUUCCUCGUCCCGGCCGGCUCCGGGAGCAACGCCGGAGGGGUCGCCGCCAAGGACAAGCUCGGCAACGACAUCCUCGUCGAGGAUUGGCUCAAGACGCACGGCCCCAACGACCGCACGCUCGCCCAGGGGCUCAAGGGUGAUCCUACCUACCUUGUGGUGGAGUCCGACAAGACCCUCGCCACCUACGGGAUCAACGCCGUCUGCACGCAUCUUGGCUGCGUCGUGCCUUGGAACGCCGCCGAGAACAAGUUCCUCUGCCCUUGCCAUGGAUCCCAGUACAACAACCAGGGCAAGGUUGUCCGUGGACCUGCACCUCUGUCGCUGGCCCUCGUUCACGCCGACGUCGACGACGGCAAGGUCGUCUUCGUGCCAUGGGUGGAGACCGACUUCAGGACCGGCGAGAACCCGUGGUGGAAAUAAGCGACACAAGCUCCGGCAGCAAAGCUCACUCGUGUGAUAUGUUAAGCCUCCUGCCAGUCCUAAGAACGCUGCUAUAAGAGUACUCCUGCUAUAAAUGCACCUGUUUCUUGUAUCCAGUUAUAUGUAUACAGUCUAUGAAAGAAGAGAAACCUUUUCAUUGCA